UAUGGCGGUGAUAGAGACUUGCUUGUUUAUAAAUUGGUGGGGGAGGGGGAACAUAUAAUUAAGAGACAAGUAAAAACCACGGAGAACAACAAUAAUUUUCAUUAUCUCGAUUUCGGCCAGAAUUAUAGCUGCCACAGAGAGCGGCUGUCGUGGGGACAUUCUUAUACACAUGUCAGUCAUUCCCGACGUCUCCCUCCCCUUCCAGUUUUCUUCACUAUACACAGGGGCCCCUACUGCGCGGGCUGACAGCCGCCAUCAUUGUCACUAUAAAGGAGUCAUUCAUUCCCCUCAUUUAUGACUUCCUGCUUUGUAAAAUUUAAUGGGUGCGAUACAGGAACACAUGGAAUCUGGUAUGAAACCAGCAAUCCGGAUUUCAGAGUGGGGAAAGAUGGAGAGGUGUACACGGCCCGAAAAGUUCAGAUUCCCGCCAAGCAAGCAGUAUUUGUAGUGGCCGCCUGGGACCACCAAACUCCAGAGAAAUGGGAAGCUGCUGUCCGCCUGCUUGUAGAAAACAAGACACUCAACCAUAGUCACCACCAGUCCCAUCAGCAGCAGCGAGGCAAACAGGAUCGUCCAUCCGAGCAUCCUCCAACCCAGAGCGGUACUCUGUUACCAUGGCGACAACAUCGUGAUGCUAAUGGUCUGAGAAGACAGAAGAGAGACUGGGUGAUUCCUCCAGUCAAUGUACCAGAGAAUUCGAGGGGACCAUUUCCCGAACAGCUGGUGCGAAUCCGCUCAGACAAGGACCAAGAUAGUAUGAUCCGAUACAGCAUUACUGGUGUCGGUGCUGAUCAGCCGCCUAUGGAGGUCUUUAAAAUAGAUGCCGUUGAUGGUAGUUUGUCCGUUUACAGACCGCUGGACAGAGAGGAGAGAUCUUCAUAUCAUCUCAGGGCUCAUGCUGUGGAUAUGAACGGAAACAAGGUGGAGAACCCCAUUGACCUGUCUAUCUUUGUCAUUGACAUGAAUGACAACAGACCAGAAUUCUCUAGCCCAGUCUUCAAUGGCAGCGUGGAUGAAGCGUCCAAACCAGGUACCUAUGUAAUGACAGUGACUGCGCAUGAUGCAGACGACAAAACCACCUCAAAUGGAAUAGUGAUGUAUCGAAUAAUGACGCAGAGUCCGCAGAGCCCAUCCCAGGACAUGUUUGUAAUUCAUAGUGAGACUGGAAUCAUUAAUACAGUGGCUGCUGGUCUGGAUCGAGAGAAAGUCCAGCAGUACACUGUUGUCAUUCAAGCCACAGACAUGGAAGGGAAUCUAAAUCACGGAUUAUCAAACACUGCCACCGCUAUAAUAACUGUUGCUGACGUCAACGACAAUCCGCCUGAAUUCACCUCUACUAUGUUCAGUGGCGAGGUACCGGAGAACAGAAUUGAUGUCACUGUGGCCAAUCUCACGGUGGUGGAUCGAGACCAACCACACACUCCCAACUGGAAUGCCAUCUAUAAGAUCCUCAGUGGCGAUCCUUCCGGUCACUUCACUGUGAAAACAGAUCCAGUGACCAACGAGGGCGUCGUCACCGUGGUAAAGCCAGUGGACUAUGAAAUGAACAAGGCUUUUUUACUAAAUGUUAUGGUGAUGAACCAAGCACCUCUGGCCAGCGGCAUCCAAAUGUCCCUACUUUCCACCUCUGGGGUGACCAUUUCCAUUAUGGAUGUCAAUGAAGCACCGUAUUUCCCUAACAGAAUUGACCCCAUCCGGCAGCUGGAGGGGGAGCCCGCAGGCAGAUUGCUGACUACAUUCUCUGCUAUAGAUCCAGACCGCUCUAUGCAGCAAGCUCUGAGAUACACCAAACUGUAUGACCCUGCAAACUGGCUCACUAUCAACACUACGAACGGGCAGGUGUUUACCACAGCAAUACUGGAUCGGGAAUCCCCCUUUGUCAAAGACGAUAUUUAUGAGGCCAAAUUUCUGGCCACUGAUAAUGGCGUUCCUCCUGCUAGCGGCACUGGCACACUGCGAAUACAACUUAUCGAUAUCAAUGACAAUGCCCCUGAGCUGGUCCCUAAAGAGGCACAGAUCUGUGAUAGGCUCAACUCCAAUGGGAUCAACAUUACCGCUACCGACAUGGAUCGCAAGCCCAGCGGGGACCCCUUUGUGUUUGAGCUUCCAACUGUUCCCUACACCAUAAGGAGGAACUGGACCAUCUCCAGGAUAAAUGGUAACUACGCCCGGCUCAGCCUGCAGAUCGGUUACUUGGAAUCCGGAGUGUAUGAAGUCCCUGUCAUCGUCACUGACUCUGGAAACCCUCCUCUGUACAACACGUCCAUCAUCAGGGUGAAGGUCUGUCCCUGUGAUGAGAAUGGAGAUUGCACGACUGUCGGAGCAGUGGCUGCCACCAAGCUGGGCACAGGAGCAAUUAUUGCCAUACUCAUAUGUAUUAUUAUCCUACUGUCUAUGGUUCUCCUGUUUGUCAUGUGGAUGAAACGCAGAGAAAAGGAACGACAUACAAAGCAGCUGCUGAUUGAUCCAGAGGAUGACGUCAGGGACAACAUUCUAAAGUAUGAUGAGGAGGGAGGUGGUGAGGAGGACCAGGACUAUGACUUAAGUCAGCUGCAGCAGCCUGAGACACUCGAUCACGUGUUAAACAAAGUGGCAGGAGUCAGACGAGUGGACGAGAGGCCUGUGGGUGCUGAGCCACAAUACCCAAUAAGGCCUGUCAUUCCACACCCGGGAGAUAUUGGAGAUUUUAUCACUGAGGGACUCCGGGCAGCAGACAAUGAUCCUACAGCGCCACCUUAUGACUCUCUUCUGGUUUUCGACUAUGAAGGCAGCGGUUCCACUGCCGGCUCUGUUAGCUCUCUCAAUUCCUCUAGCUCUGAGGAUCAGGACUUUGAGUAUUUGAAUGACUGGGGUCCACGUUUCAAAAAACUGGCCGAUUUGUACGGUGGCGGAGAGGAGGAUUGAUGGGACAUCUGCAUCUUAUCGGAACAUGCCCUCCUCAGUUGUACAGUGGCCGCUUUCAUUUUUUAUUAUUAAACUCCCGACUCCCACCCCCCUUCCUGACUGCGUUCUUUUUAGUGCUAAAUUAGGCAAAAUUUUCUUUCUUAGCUUCAUUUCAGAUCCACUCGGUAGAGGCAGCAAGCUAAAAUACCCUUUACCUUUAUUUUAUAAUUCACUCUGCACAAGGUGAAAAGCAUUCUAUUGUCUUUGUGGGAUGUGAUCUAUAUAUAUUGGAACGCUGGCAGUCAUCUCAAAGUCCUAGUUUAAAGGGGCACUUCUGUAAAAUAAGAUGUUUUUUUUUUUCCAACCUUUUUUUUUUGUAAACAUUGCAGAUUUAUCUGUUUAAUGCUGCUGUAAGGGGAUUCAUAAGGUCAUGAAAUGUAUAUAGUGGGUGGAGGAUUGGAGGAAUGACAGCUCCACUGUUUUCUUGGUAAGCCUAGACAAACAUGAUCUAGACAGACAGCAUCACUGAAAAGUGGAAAAUAUAAGAGGGGGGAAAAAUCAAAGAGCAGCUAUGUAGCUUUCCCAUACUCAGCAGCAGUCCCAGAGCACAUCAUCACUGAGCUAUAACCCAUCUUUCCCAGUCUCAGAAUGUAUCAUCACUGAGCUAAAACCCAUCUUUCCCAGUCUCAGAAUGUAUCAUCACUGAGCUAUAACCCAUGUUUCCUAGUCUCAGAAUUUAUCAUCAUUAAGAUAUAACACAGCUUUCCUAGUCUCAGCAUGUAACAUCACUUAUCUAUACCCCAGCUUUCCCAGGCUGAGGAAUAGUCUCAAAACCUUUCUUUAUUAAGCUACAACCCAACUUCCCAGUCUCAGCAGCACUUAGUUACUGCUCCUUGGGGGAGGAGUCUCUUUCAUAAACAGGAGUCCCUAAGGUACAGUGCACUUGAUUAGUAAUGUAAACAGCUCUCAGUGCUUCUUACAUUAUACACAGAGCUGGGAAAGGUACUUUAGUGCCCUAAGCAGAUACAACUAAUGGUGCCCCCCAAACACUGCCCAACACACACACACCUUCAUAGGCAUUUGGCAACUGAGGCCCACCAGAGGGGUCACUAAGGUGUAUAAGAAAUGUUUUGUCACCCCCCCCCCCCCUCUAAAAAAGAUACAUAAUAAGACAAUUUACUAUGUAUGAUAAUUUGCAUAGAUCUAUCAGCACUGGCUCUUCUCUGGUCUCCCUCACUGACUCAUGGUUGCAGUGUCAGUAAGAGGACUAAGGAUGAUCAUAGGUGCCUGUGGCGGGAAUACGGGAUUAAAUACUUUUCCCAUUAAACUUGACCCUUUCCCCCCUCCUGACAAUCUAGGCACCUGCCUACAUCUCAUCCCACAAGUCGUCCUGGGGAAGGCGUGGGGCUCUCUUGAGUUGCCACCUUUUACCUCUCCCUGGUCAGACAAAGAAUAUUAAGCUAAUUCUCUUUGCUGUGCUAACAGGGUACACUGACACGAAGCAGUUUACAUGGCAUAACUGUAAAAAAAAAACUCAUGAAGAUAAUUCACCCAUUAUUUUCUUUUAUUAAAUAUCGUUAUUUAUCGCUUGUUUAAGUGCAAAAACAAAACAAAAAACACUGUAAGAAGUGUCCCUUUAACUUAGAUAAUGCAUGGAAUAAGGGUUUGACUGACGAAAGUGUGAUCAUUACUAAAAUGACAGCGUGGCUACAAAAAAGUGAAUAUAGACCCAUUGUUUGCUACAUAAUUGGGGGAGCUGUCCCCAUGUUAUGCGUUAACUAUGUUAUCAUUUCAUGUGUUACAACCUGGUCAGAUCUGAACUAUGAAAAUUACUGCAAAGGGAGGAUAGUUACUGCUUCCCUGCCGGCGGUACAGAAAUCAACCCAUUUCAGGGUUGUCUUGUGAGCAGGAAAGAAGUGAUCACCCAAUUGAAACAAAGCAUUUGUCACAUUUUUAUUGUCUUGUACUAGGAAUCCGGCAUGUCUGCUGUCCAUUACUGCUGCUCCCCACCCUUUAUUUUCUCUGUGUGCGUGUGUAUAUCAUAUAUAUAGGUGUGUAUGUUAUAUACACCCUCACACACAUCUGUACAUAGGUGAGCAGGGAGGUUUCCUGAAGACUUGAGUGAUACACCACUCGAUCGUCUUAACUUGAAAAAAAAAAAAACUUUUUUAAAAAGCACUGUUUAUACAAAGGAAAACAAAAUGACCAAAAAAAAGAAAAA